GAUGCUUGAUGCCUCGGAUGAUCUCUAUUCUGCAGCGCAAAGCAUGCAUCCUUUUGUAUUACAUUGUGGAAUCCAAGAAGCCUAACGCACAGAGAAUUGUUGUCCGGAUGGGUGGUCUGUGAUGGGAAGGGGCCAUGAGCCUUUCAGAGCCCCGUGCUACCUUCGUACUCUGAACCCAUGAACAGAGGAGCAAUCUUGCAACGAAGGACUACUUUUCAUAUCUCUCUCACACUAGUGAAAUUAGAGCCUCUGAGCGAUGGAGGCAGUGGGAGUGAGACUUGUCAGAGGGACAAAGCCACCUUUUCGGAAGAGGAACCUGGUGCCAAGGCUGCAGGGAAGAUUUCUUUAUUGUACGGUAAAGAAGAUGCUUCUGGCCAGCAACCCAAAAGUCCCCAAAAUUUGAGGUUAAAUAUUAUUGAGAAUGUGGAGCCAAUUGAACCUCGAACAAUAGGCGAUCGAAGCAGCUUCAGUAUUAGAAAUGAUGAAUUGGGUGAUGGUGCCAGAUCAGCCUGGGUUGAAGCGGGCGAAUUACCAAGCAAAUUCCAAGUUGAACCAACGCUAAAAUCCGUAAAUAAAUCUGAAAAUGUAGGUUUGUUGCCUUUUUCUACACUCUUUGCCAAGUCCACAGGCCAGUGCAGACAUACUGAUUUUAAUGGUGCUAAUGAGAAGACCCACAAUGAUCACAUUCAACCGUGCCAGAUGUGUGCCAUUGCCAAGAUUGAGGAGAAUCUUGCCAGUCCUUUGGCUUUGGAGAAAAUCCACACAAAAACACAGACUGAAGGCGACCAUCCAAGAAGAUCUGAGGGAGAAGGAGUCUUGAAAGAUCAAACUGAGAAAACCAUGAGCCUUCACAUCCCACCAGAGCAAUCACUGGAAAGUAAAUGUCUCAAUAUUCCAAUUGAGAAGAAAGCUCAAGUUGAAAGGGACCUGCCACAAGAAAAGGCUGUGACUCUUUCUCAACAUGUGGAGAAAAGCAAUGUAAAACCUAAGCCCCAAUCUCUGCCUGUGAUUGCUGAGAAAAGCCCAGGCAUGCUGAGAAGUUCCAGUGGCAACCAGGGUAGAGCUGAACCAAUUAAAACCUCAGGAAAGAAGGAGAAGAAUCUUCGUCAUACCAACUGCCUGUCUUGGCAAGAAAGUGAAAUGAAGAUGAAAAUUCAAGUGAGUAACAGGAAGUAUUCCAGAGUAGAAAGCCUGAGAAGCACAGGGGAGAUGUUCCACAGGAAAAGUACACAGAUAGCAACUGAACAAGGGAAAGGUAAGAGCAGAACAUUGGAUAACAGUGACAUUCAUACUCUUUCUGAAGACCUUGAACAAGGCCGGGGCAUGCCAACACCAGAGAGAACCAAGUCCAAUGCACGGGAUCGAAAGAUGUUAAAAUUUAUCAGUGGAAUUUUCACCAAGAGCGUGGGCGCGGUGUCUGUCUCACCUGCAAGUGGUGGAUUAGCUCAAAGGGAGUUUGCUGCUGGAUCCAAAGGUCCCUCCUCAAAUCAAAAGGCCUUUGUGAACAGCCAGGAAUGGACGCUAAGCCGUUCAGUUCCAGAGCUCCGGUUGGGAUUGGUUGGUAGCCCGUGCAGUGGGAAGUCUGCACUCGUACAUCGAUAUCUGACUGGUACCUAUGUACACGAUGAGUCUCCAGAAGGUGGUCGAUACAAAAAGGAAAUCAAUGUCAAUGGUCAGAGCCAUUUGCUGCUGAUCAGGGAUGAAGGAGGUCCUCCAGAUGCACAGUUUUCAGCCUGGGUGGAUGCUGUUAUCUUUGUCUUCAGCUUGGAAAAUGAGAAGAGCUUUGAGGUCAUUUACGAUUACUACACCAGACUCGCAAGCUACCGGAGUACAGCUGAGAUUGCCGUGAUGCUGGUGGGAUCACAGGAUGCAAUCAGUGCUACCAAUCCACGAGUCAUUGAUGAUGCUCGGGCACGAAAACUCUGUGCUGACCUAAAACGCUGCAUGUAUUACGAAACAUGUGCGACAUAUGGUCUCAAUGUCGAUCGAGUGUUUAACGAAGUCACGCAGAAGAUCUCAGCCAUUAAGAAGCAGCAACACCUUUUUGCUACAUCAUGCAAGUCUCUGCCAAGCUCUCCUAGCCAUUCAGCUGCCUCUACCCCAGUCUCUACUAUUCACAGCAGUCAGGCAAGCAAUGGUGGCAAUGUGAGUGAUUAUUCCUCUUCUCUUCCCUCCACUCCGAACAUCAGUCACCGGGAUUUGCGGGCUGAUGUUUGCCAAGCCUCUGGUACCCCAGGCUCUGUCCGCAAACAUUCAAAAAGACGUUCAAGUCUUUUCGCGACUCGGCGGGGAAGCGAUACAGAGCGGAGGAGUCUGGAUAGUAAAGCAGAUAAUAUUGGAAGUGGCCGUGCAAUCCCAAUUAAACAGGGUGUAUUGUUGAAGAGGAGUGGAAACUCACUAAAUAAAGAGUGGAAGAAGAAAUAUGUUACAUUGUGUAACAAUGGUAUACUGUCCUAUCAUCCAAGUUUACACGAUUAUAUGCAGAACAUACAUGGAAAAGAGAUUGAUCUUCUCAGGACAACAGUUAAAGUUCCUGGCAAGCGGCCACCUCGUGCUGUUUCAGCCAGUGGCGCCUCCACCAGCCUGAAUGGACUCAUGGGCAGUGGGCAAGAAAGUGUUGAUUCUCUGCAUUCUGGUGGUUUAGACCCUGUUGCUGAGCAAGCAGUUAUUGGUGAGACGCAGAUCAAAGGAAAGUUCCCAAACUGCUCCUCCAUUUCUAGUAGUGAGCAGUGGAGUGAAAGUAGUUCAAAAACUGCUGAAGGGGCUGCCGUAGGUGAAGGUAUCUCAAGUCCCUCAAGCAGCAAGCUGGACUCCCCACCCUCACCCCAGAUAAACCGAAGGAAACAUCGAAGGAAGAAGAGUGUGAGCAGGGCAGAUGGCAUGAUGGGACUGGCAGAAGCCAAACGCAGGGUGUGGAAAUUAAAGCGUUUUGGUAGUUUAAGAAAUAUUUACAGAGCAGAACAAGAGGAGAACAUUGAGUUCACUAUUGUCUCCAGCACGGGCCAGAUGUGGUACUUUGAAGCAGUGAAUUUUGAAGAGAGGGAUGCCUGGGUCCAAGCCAUUGAAAGUCAAAUCCUGGCCAGUCUGCAGUCCUGUGAAAGUAGCAAGAACAAGGCUCGAAUGGACAGCCGGAGUGAAGCCGUUGCCCUUCAGGCGAUAAGAAACGCCAAAGGAAAUUCAUUCUGUGUUGACUGCGCUGCUGCAAAUCCUACCUGGGCAAGUCUGAAUUUGGGAGCACUUAUCUGUAUUGAAUGCUCAGGGAUUCAUCGUAAUCUUGGGACCCAUCUUUCACGAGUACGAUCUCUGGAUCUUGAUGACUGGCCUUUGGAGCUAACGCUUGUGCUGACGUCUAUUGGAAAUGAGAUGGCAAACAGCGUGUGGGAGAAGAAUACUCAGGGACGCAGCAAGCCGACUCCGGAAUCUACACGGGAAGAAAGGGAGAACUGGAUCAGAGCAAAGUAUGAGCAGAAACUGUUUCUUGCAUCCUUGAAAUACCGAGACAUUCCCAUCGGAAAGCAGCUGUUCCGAGCUGUUAUGGAGAAGGACCUUCACAGUGUUUUACUACUCCUUGCCCAUGCCAAGAAGGAGCACAUCAAUGAAUGGACUGAAGAUAAAGACAAACGGACAGCUCUGCAUCUCGCCUGUGAGCGAAAGGAUGUAGUAGUGACGCAGCUUCUUGUCUGGUAUGGCAUUGAUGUGAAGGCCAGAGACGUGAAAGGAAACACCGCUCUGUACCACGCCCGGCGAGCAGGUGCCCAGGAGUGCAUGGAUGUUCUGUUGCAACAUGGUUGUCCCAGUGAUGGCUGCAGUAUGACGCCUAGUCUCAGCAGGAAAAGUAUCAGUGCCAGUCUCGAAAGGACUGAGUCGAGGUUUCCACAUUAAACCGAAGCUUUUGAAGCACUGUGUACCCACAUCUUCUCAUUCUCAAAGGGCAGCUACUGCAGCCUCCAGACUUUCCCACCCUUGCCAACUCCCAUCCCAUUCUGUUGCAGAAUUUGGUGAGCAGGAGGUGCAAUUCAUGGAAAGCACAUACUAAUUUACCACUGUUGAUUUAUAUCAAUUGUCCCAAAGCCUUCUGACCGAGAGAUUGAAACUGCUGUUCUUCGAUGUAAGAGCUGUUUGAUGUUUUAAAGCCCAUUUCCUGGACUGUUCGUCCCAGAUCAUAUCUAAAAUGUCAAGAGCACCAUGUGACGGCAUAGGAACAUGGAGUUGAUUUAAGGUUUCUGUGCCACCGACUGAUUUACAAUUCUUUGAAAGAAUUGAAGGUUGUUUACACAAAGCAUUACCGUGAUGUGCUGGAGUCAUGAAUCUGCAGUAAGUUAUAGAGGCCAAUUUUCAGCUCCAAAUGUUUUAUAUUUGACAUAACAAAAAUGUUGUCAGUUUUAUUUACCAAUUGUUUAAAUAGUGGUCCUAUAAGUACUGAUUGUUCCUUUUAUUCCCCCAGAUGUGCACUUGUAUUUAAAUUUGUAAAGGAAAUUUGUGUGUAAUAUCCAAUAUUACAGUAUUUAGAGAAACAUGAAGACCUACAGAACAUUCUUUCAUGCUAUCCUCUGACAAUCCAAACGAGAAAUAGUUGUAUACAAUUCUUAUUUUGGGGAAUGAGAAAGUAGUCACUGGAGUGGCUGAUUUCUCAAUUGUCCACCAUACAAGGUUCCAUUUACAUUCUUUUGGCUGAUUGAAGCUUUAUUCAUGCUGUAUUGUGCACAAAACUUUUAACCUUGCAUAACCAUGUCAUAUUCUGUCAUAUGUCCAUAACCAUAUUCUGCCAUGAUAGCAUGAAGCCAACAACCUGUAAUGGUCUGUCUGCAGUUUUAUUUGAAGCUGGACCUCCAAUUCUACUACAAUGCGCUGUUGAACAAAAACCAUUUUUUAAAAAAGAGAGAGGCUUGUGCUGAAAUAAAACAGCACUGUUGCAAUCAAAAGAAAAAUCUGCAGCUCAAACAAUCCUGCUGUUUCAACAAAAGAAGCACUGUCUGACAGGAAGGUAAUGAAAGGAAUUAGUGACAGGGGUGGGGGGUUUGGCAAAUAAGUGAAAUAAGUUGUUUUUAAAAAGCUUUUUUUUAAACAGACCACUAAUGUGCAGUCCCACAAACUCAACUGUGGAUUGGAGACCAGACGUUUCACCACAGGGAAGAUUGCAUCAGGAAUCAUUAGACAAUUUGCUCAAGUGCCUGGUAAUGGCAGAUUUCAGAGUGGCAUUGGCAGGUGGUUCACAGUUGACUACAUGUCUCAGUGAAAGUGCAUGGAAUGAGAGGCUAGAAGGGGUAAGAGAAAAUUGAGAAUUUAAGUUCAAAAGAAAGAAGUGAUCCAUAGAAAGUGCUGCAACUUCAGUACAAUUCCUAGUUAUCUUAAUAAUGCCUCUUCAGUCUUAUUACACUGUCGGUGCACAAGCUUUUAGGUGUCAAAUUACUAUGUCAUAGUAAUUUAAUAGUUAGACACUGCUGGAAUGGUGGGAGAGCUUACUGUAUCUGUAAGGUCUAAGUCAAUAUCUCAAGAGUUUGUUUUUUUGAUUCUGAAACAUAGGGAAAGAACCAAGAAUCGCAAUGCAGGAGACUGCCUAGCUUGAAACAAAUGGGAUAGGAGACUGGAUAAGUUAAGAAAUAGGGUUUGGAUGAUACCAAACUUGGACUUUAAAGACUGUAGGAGAAAUUUGCAGUGGUGAGCAUUAAGGUCUCAUGUCGCCUACUAUAGUUCCUAUGCCGUAACCAAAUAACUAGGCAUUGAGAUCUUCUGCAUUAAUGCUUGAAUGCCUUUUGAUGGAAAAAAUAUGUUCCCAUAGAUUGUUAAUGACUGUUUCAACAGAUGAGACAAGCCAUUUUGUCCAAAUUCCUAGCAUUUAAAAUUGAACCACUGUUUUGGCCGCACAUAUGGUAAAAUCAAAAAGUCUGUAAACAUAUGCAAAAUGCAGGCUGGGUGUUUACUUGAUUUGCUUGGUAGUUUAUCUUUGAACAAAAGAAAUGGCAGGUUCAGAUCCUCCAUUUCUGACUAACAUCCCAAUGCAGCACUGAGAGACUGCUGCAUUAUCGGAUAAGACUUUGAUUAAUGUUGACUUUAUCUCUUCUAGUAGUACAGGUGGACAGGACAGAUUCAAUAGCACAGUUUGCCCCGGUCAAUAGCACCUAGCCUCCACCCCCAUCCCCAACAAACCACCAAAAACACAUUAACUGCUCUGAUUUAUAUGCUGCUUUUGCAAUCAUGCUGUGCGCAAAUUGCUGCAUUUGCCUCCAUAGCAACAAUCAUUGCAUUUCAAUAAUUUUGGAUAUCUGAGUGCUUUGGAGCAUUCCUGCAAGCUGUGAUUAGGCGCAAAAUAAGUGCAAGUCUUUUUAACGCAAAUUUCACAUCCUGCUUGGGGGAAAGGGAAGGAGUGGGCUAAUACUGGAAUAUCAAAUCUGAAACUCACCCGACAGUGGGCACUUGUUUAGUUGUUAAUUUGGCUCAUACUGUUGAUGUUUCACAAAGAGCCAGAGUGUAACAGUAAUGAAAUAGAAAAGAGAGUGCUGGAAAUACUCAGAAGAUCUGCUAGCAUAUGUGGAGAGAGAAACAAAGCUAACAUUUCAAUUCCAAUAUGAACUCGAAGACAGGUCUUUGAUUUUCUCUAGCACAUUCUAUUUUUAUUUCAGACCUCUAGCAUUCUCAAUACCUUACUUUUAUGUGACAGUAAUGAAUUCUAUGUAUAUAGAGUGCUACACACUGUAGUAAUACUGUUCUUUCAAAUAUUCUAGGGAACAAUUUCUUCCAUGUGCCAUAUCUAGCAAAAUUAUAAAUACAUAUUUACAACUUUGCUAUGUAUAACACACAGGGUAAUUUCCCCAUUGUUAAGCCACUGUUAGCUUUUAGUACUUCUUGUAUUGCUCACUUUAAAUAGACAAUCUGCUUUUACAUUUUAGUGGAAAAGAAAUCCAAACAGAUGUUCUGUUUUCUUCUAGAUUAAUGGUACAAAUUGUCAAUGUGUGAAAAUUGUGUAGAAAUUGAUUACCUUUAAGUGGAGAUUGCCCUUGGUGAGUGUUUUGAUUAGUUUUCAGUCAUUCACUGUUUUAGUUACUUUUCAACAUUUUUACCCUUCAGUCCCGUCUGUAUCUGUGACUAUUUUACUGCCUAAUAAACUCAUCACAACUUUAAUGAACAGAACCAUUUUUUUUAUUUUCUGUUGUUCUCCUUUCUCUCCCAAAGGCACUGUCUGGCCUUUGCAGGGAUAAAGUUUUACUGGUUCUGAUCCUCCAAUAUCUCUCCCUGGCAGCUGUAUUUCAUGUGCUAGCCUAGACUGAUGGCAUCAAAGUUGAGCCUCUUCCAGCCUCUAAGCAAAGCCAACACCGACACAUUUCCCAGCAAAGUCACUGUACAGCAGGAAGAAACGGUAAUCCUCCUCUGUCUAAAGUCUGCUAACUCAGCACAGACCCUGAGUCAUGGAACCAAAUGUGUAUUUCAAACAUUAGGUUGCAACUUUGUGAUGGAAGAACUGUUUCCCUUCCCAAAUUGAAACUUGUUUUCAAGUUGAUUUUAGAAUGCAAUUUAAAACAUCUUUGCUCUUCUGAAAGAUUCUGUUUCAAUAAAUUUAAAAUGUGUGCAUAUUAUUGCUUUGGACCUCAAGAAAACAACUUUUUAACUUAUGGUUUGCAAAGAAAAUGGGGAAAUAGCUGAUUUUAAAUUAAACUGCAUAUCCACAAAUUUUAAUGGCACUUUCUGCCUCCCCUCCACUAAAGUGGUCACAUUUAAAAUGUACAAAAGUAUUUUAUCUGUUUAUCAGAAGUCUGCAAGAUGAACCAAUUUGACCUCUGUGUUUCAGUAAAAGCCAAAAUGACUCAGAAGAAUUUUGUGUAUUUGCUGCACCAGAAUUAAACAAAAUGCGCUCUGCAUGCCCACAUAGCAUAAGAUUUGUAGCAACUGUAUGUCACUAAUCAAGUACUGACCAUAGCUGAGUUAGAAUGAAAUGGGCACAGCAGACUAAAGUUACACUGCUGUGAAACCUUCUGUAUAUGGCCAGGCAAAACUAACCUCUGCCAACUUCUAAUUGGCAAUUUAAAAACUUUUCAGUGGUAACAAAGAACUGAUCACAUAGUUCUUUGCUAGCCUCAAAAGGGUUUAAAAAUUCAUUUUAAAAGGUUCUAGGUAGUCAUUACAUCCACUUAAGGAGCUUUAUAUGGUUACUUUCCUGCUGGAACAUAGAUGACUAGGAGCAAAGGAGGAGGUCAUUCAACCUCUUGAGGUGGUUCCUCCUAUUCAAAUAGAUCAUAGUUGAUUUGACGUUCAACUCUAUUUGUCUGUCUCUGCUCCAUACCCCGUGAUUCCUGUUUUAAAAAAAUCCCAGCGGUCCCACUCUUUGAAACUUUACUUCACCCAGAGCCUUUUGGGAGACAGAGGGCUAGAUUUUUAUUAUCCUGGUUUGUGGAAAAUUGCUUUCUGAUUUCACCUAUAAAUGUCCUAACUCUAAUUUUAACACAAUGGGCUGAAUCUUACAUUUUUUUUGGCCAAGCCCAAGUUGCAUCUAGUUUCUUUCGGGGUUUAUCACCAUGGGGCCUAGUGUUCUCUCAUCUUAGCAAACUCGCCUCAACUUAAUUACCCACCCAACCCUUGCAUUUCUCCCGUCCAAUUCCAGACCCAUCUUACCAUGCAGUGUUCCUGGAUCAACUUGCCAUUGAGCACAUAUCCUGGGAUUCAGCAGUAUCACCAGGGCCUGUGCCAUUUUUAAAAGCUGUUGUGUGCCCAGACAAGUAAUGUCAGUCCAGAGCUCCCUGCACAGCACCUGACAUUUACCCUGGAGAUGCCAGAUGGGGAAAUCAGUGUUCCACCUUCUGGGCACGGAUCUGUAGGUUGUGGUGGGCAGCAUGGUGCAGAGGCAGGUCACCCUCUUUCCCCAGGACCAGCAGAGGAAGCCAUGACACCAGAUCAUGCCAGUCCAGUCCAAAAUGUCAGUGCGUACUCAGUUGUCUGGAAGAAGGUCACUGUCAGCAUAAGUGCCACCAUUUUCUCUCUGAUACUUACUCUAUCUCUGCUACUGUACCCAUCUCCCACCCUCAUGCUCUAUCACUCUCACUCUGCCUGCAACAUCUUCUCUCGAUUAUUGUCACCCAGCCCAACGCUCAACCCCUGACACCACUGCAUGCUUUCAGCACUGCCUUGUCAUUUACUUGUGACACCUCCCCAACUCUAACAACAGUAACAACUGUGCCACUCACUUACCCUCCUCUCUCUCACUCCAGGAGGAAAAGAAGCCCUACAGGGCACAAAGAGUCAAGGCAGGUGGUGAGCUGCCCAACAGCCAGAUCCUCGCUUCACCCCCCUCUCCCCCCACCACCCCCAGUGUGGAGACCAUCCUGAUUCUGGCCAUUGGUAUGGCAGGACUGGUACCAGAGAUUGCCUUUGUCUUACUGUGCUGGGACCUCCUGACUGAAGGCUAUCCUCUUGACUUAACAGAGGCCUGCCAACAGCCAUGACAAACUUCCUUUCUUUGUGUUUGUGCUGAACAUCAAGGGUCUGCACUAAGAGAGCAAGUGAACAGGCCGGAGAUCCAGCCUGGUGCAGGCCAUAGGCUGGGGCUGUGUCCCUGAGCACACAGUGUCCCUUGCUGCAGCAUUACAGUGAGAGUUCCCAGGGCAGCCUGAGGGCAGCACUGAAGGACAAAAGUGUCCUGUAAGUGCAUCGGAAAUGUGCCAUGUGGGUUCUUGGAAGCUGGUACAUGUUGGAUGCCAAUGUCUGUGGAUGUGAGGUGGGUAUGGCUUACUCUGAGAUACUGGUGCCCAGUGUCCAACAUUGAUCCUUUGCAGGCAGCAAUGAGCUGAAAUGGCUAGGUACCCAUCCAGACAUUCAUGUAGAGACUUCACAGUGUAUAGCUUGUUGGGUGAGUUUGCUAACAUUGGAAGCUAAAUAUUAAUGAGUUGAGCUGGGCCAGCAACAACGUGUUUAACAAGCAAUUAUCCCUAUUAAUUGUCAACUUACCACGACCCAGUGCAAAUCUCACCAUGCCGUUUGUAAAGAGCAGAAAAGGUGGACUGAGUUGUUCUCAAUAUUGAGAUCGGCCUCAAUGGACUUGUCAUCCCAUUCUGCCAUAAAUCUCAAUGUAGCCCUCAUUGCUCAAAACCCUAUAAGAUUCUAUUCUAUGUCCUCAUGUUCUGGAUUCCCACAUUACAGAAAAAACCCUCGCAAAUCUUUUUAUCAUUUUAAUUCCUGAAUUAAAUUACCCCUCAAUCCUCUAAAUUUGAAGCACAACAUGUCAGUUUUAUGCAUCUUAUCCUUAUAACAUAGCUGUUUAAGUCUUGGUACUUUUCUGGUGAAAAUAUUCUGAUUUUCCUUUCCCCGAUCUGAAGAAAAUUAACUUGACACUUCCUCACAUUAAUCUCUGUCACAUUGCCCACUCACAUAAUCUGUCUAUGUCCCUUUGUAACUUCCUGCUCUUAUUUACUCCAUUUACUGUGCCAUCAAUUGUAAUGUCAUCUACAGACUUGGAUAUAAAACUCUCCGUUCCUUCAUCCAAGUCAGUAAUAUCAUACAACACAACUGAAACUCCUGUACAGAUCCCUGGGAACAUCAUUUGUCACGUUCUGCCAGUUCCCUUCAUUCCUACUGUCUGUCUCCAGCCUCCCAUCCAGUUGUCAUCACAUGUCACAGAGAUAGUUCCAUUGUCCUGUGCAUUCAUUUUUGCCACUUAUCUGUGAUGCAGAAUAUUCUGCAAUUUCUUCUUGAGGUUUUUAUUGGUAAGAUCAAUAGACACUCUGCUAUGCACAAUACCAGUAACAUGCUCAAAACAAUCAACUAGAUUAGUCAGACCUGACCCACCUUUCACAAAUCCACUUGAUUUACUUUGAUCAAUUCGUACUUGCCCAAAAGCUCAGUCACUCUGACUUCGGUGAUAAAUUCCAAUAGCUCCCUGUCAACUGAUGUUGGAAGCCAAAGAGGUCUUCACGAUGGGCUCAUGUGAUAUAUUUUAUGUUGAUACAGAACAAGCCCCGUUUCAUCACCACCACAGUGUUGGAACCCAUGAAACAAAUAGUUUGGCAGUUAUUUUGUUCUGCUACCAUCUCUCCUGUGCCCCGAUCAUAUUUUUAGAAAGUCAGACAAUUGUCUUUUUCAGCAUUUAUUAAGUUGGGAUUUUGAAUAUUUCUGUCUCAGUCGGCCCAAGCCGGCUUUGCAAAACUUAAGUAAUCAUUUCAUUAAAAGAACAUCUGUUGCAGGUAUCUGUGCAAAAACAUUAAAAAGAUGUUAAAUAAUUUCAACCUUUAGAUUGUAUAUGCUUCUUGUGAACAUUUUCUCUGUAUUGGCCACUUCUUUAUUGGGUAUAUAAUAUUUGCAAUUAGUUUCCAUUUUACUUGUUUUUACAUAAAAUGAAUGUAUACAGUGUCUGUAAACUGUUUCUUAAAUUGUGAUUUCCCUUGUGAAUUCCAUUGAAGU